AAAAAGGAUGCAGUUUUGAGUCGUUUUACAGCUUUUCUGACUGGAAAAUCUUUGAGCAGUUUGGUAGACGUUUAGGAUUGCUUAUCCAUAAAAUAUGUAGUUUAAAGUCAAACUCUAUGGGAUGAAGAAUUAUGAAAUUUCUCUCUAGCCGUCAUUUGAUAUCAUUUUAAGACAGUCUGUUACUCUUCACUCUUCAGAGUUUAAAAUAUUGGCCUGCGGAUUUCACAGUUCUAAGUGAGCUGGCUGCCAGAGCUGCAGAUGUGAUCAGUCAGCUGUAGGCUUACAUUGUGAUAUUGAUCCUUGAUCUCAGAACAUGGCUGAACACGGCCGAGAAAGUAGUCUUGCAGGACUGCCAAGUUCUCUUCCUCCCGCAUGGCAGGAUGUGGACCCUUCGAUAGAUGAUAUUUGUCGUGUGUGUCGUGGAGAAGGAUCAGCAGAGCACCCGUUAUUUCACCCGUGCAGGUGCUCCGGAUCCAUUCGAUACGUACACGAAGAUUGCCUUCUCCAAUGGCUUAACCAUAGCAAUCGCCAUUAUUGCGAAUUGUGUCAGCACCGUUUCACAUUUCGUCCGAUCUAUGCACCCAACACGCCAACCAGAUUGCCACCUUUUGUACUCCUGCGUGGCGUAAAGAAACGCAUCAUACAGUGCUUCAAGAAAAUUAUUCACGGACUACUUGUGGGUGCGGUAUGGCUGAUACUGCUGCCGAAUUAUUGCGCUCGCGUGGAGAAUCUCCUUUUUCGCGAAGAAGGGUACAUGACCGCCGUUCAGCGAUUGAUUUGGAUUGGGUAUUCUCCAAAUCCGUUGACCGAUAUUGGCGAAGGUGUCAUAAUUAUGGGCAUGACAAUGGUGAUCUUGUUCAGCUUCGUGUUUUUGAGAGACGAAGUGCUUCAUAACGGAUGGAAUCCCCCCUGGAUUGUCCUCCCACAGGCCGCUGCGGCCGCACCUCAGCCUGCCGUUGUUCCAGUGCCGCCAGCGGAUCCGGCGGCAGCUCCACCUCAGAAUGGUCAAGCAGCUGAGGAUGCGGUGAACGCCAACGCGGGGAUUCCCGACGCUCCACCCCCUCCACCUCCGCCGGUGGUUGCUGCCGCUCCCGUGCCCCCCGCCGCGAAUAACGCUGAACCGAAUAUUGAUUUGGGGGCGUUCGGUGAAGAUAUUGCCUUGGGGCACAUUGUUGGGCUCGAUGGAACAUAUGCGUUUUUGGAAUACGCUUUCUGGUUCUCUGUUCUUUGCACGGCGUUUGUGACCGUUUUCUAUCUGCUACCUUUCAUCUGCGGUAGAGCUGUGGUUCACGAGCUACUGCCGGGAGUCUUCGCCCUCGGAUGUAAAGUUUUGAAUGCGGCUCCGAUUAGCGCGAACAUCACGGCCAGUUAUCCCAUUUUUCACGAGAAGACGGCAGCUUUUAUCGAAUUGUGCCAGUACAAAACCGUCAUAUACCUGUACUUCGGGUAUAUUGCAUUCGCAUUCUGCUUCUCACAGACCUAUGAUAUUUUGGGAAGAGAUUAUUUGCGAGCGCUACCCUAUUUCCGGCGAUUCAGCAAUCCCAAUGUGAAGUUCGCUGUUGGGCUUUUUUAUCUGGCUACCAAGACUGGCGUUUUGUUCUUCACUGAAGCGGUCGUGUUUCCGGCGUUCUUUGGAGGUCUAGCGGAUUUCUCAUGUAUGGAAAUGCUGAAUGCGACGAUGGCGGAUAGAUGGCGCAGUUUUGAAACGGCACCUGGGACAUUUGUAUUCUUACACUGGAUUUUGGGAGUUCUCUUCAUAUCGUAUUUUGUGUGGUUCGUAUUGCUAACCCGGGAAACGCUACGUCCUGGGCUGCUCUGGUUUGUGCGGAGCUAUCAGGAAUCGAACCCCUUCAAGGAACUUGUCAUGUGGCCAAUCGGAAAAUCUCUACGGAAUCUCACCUUUGUACUGCUGCUGUUCAUUGUCGUCAUUGUUGUAACCAUUUACCUUCCUGUGCGGUUUUUAUGUCGCCACCUGAAAGGCUUCUUCCCAUACAAUCUGGCUUUAUUGGAAGAAUCGCCUAUCGGGGAACUGACGAUUCAGUUUGCAAUUCUGCAUUAUAUCGGGCCUUCCCUUUUCCAGCAAACGACACUUCGCAGCUUUGCUAAAUGGGUGAUACUGACCUGGGCGGAAUGCGUGGGCCGGAUUUUGAAUAUGCGAAGCUAUUUAUUGGGUGACCAGCAACCGGUAAUACAGAACAAUCCGAACGCAAACAACGCCAAUAAUAAUGACGGAGAUUUGGGUGUCGCUCAUGACCAACUGGACAUGAUGCUGGUUAAUGCUCCCAACCGCCCGGCUCAACCGUAUCAGAAACCUAAGCACUUUACGGGACGGUUGCUUCUCCUGCUGGCGAUUUUAGCAGUGACUGGAAUGAUUAUCAGUGCGCUGCUUCUAACGAUUCCGGUCUCGUUAGGACGGCUGGUUCUUGGCUUUUGGUUUGGCGCGCGUCCGGUCCAUGAUAUUUAUACGCUGUUUACUGGUUUGUUCACCUUGGCGAUUGCAUUUAAAGGAAUAAGGACGCUGAAUACAUCUCUACGGAAUAAUGUGCGAUUGAGUGGUUUUCGAUGGAAGUUUUGGGGCGUUGUGAUAUUGAAGGGUUUGGUGGCAUGUGUUAUGGUACUGCUGUGGUUGCCGCUCCUGAUUGGAUUGACGUUUGAAGUCACGCUUUUAAAACCAGUUGCCCUAUUUUUCGACCAGUCAUCGAUAUUUCAAAUUUAUCGUUGCUUUGUGUUUGGGGCCCUAAUUGUCAAAAUUGUGCUGACUUUCUGCAUUGUGGCGAUGUCGGAGAAUAACCCAUGGAAACAGGCUUUGGAACAGGUGUACGCAAACGGAUUCCGAAAUAUGAAUUUAACGUUUCUGUGGAGAGCUUUUAUAUGGCCGAUCAGUGCACCGCUCUUGCUUUACCUGGCAUUUCCAUUUUUCCUGGUCCGUACUUGGAAUUUGCUGGUUACUGAAGAAUCGGCGUCGAUGGAUGAUCAUUUCAAGGCUUAUGCAAUAGAGGCACUGGCGCAUGUGGUGUUUUUGGGAAUUUUGUUUGCGGCAUUUGGGAUACUUGCCAGUUUAGGCUAUUUUAAAAUCCUCCAUGAUCAGAUCAAAGAUGAGCUAUUCCUGGUGGGAAGACGUUUAGUCAACUAUGAACACCGUAGUCCUUCGGCAUCCGCUGCAGCACUCCCAUCCCUACCAGUUGAGCCGGCACCCGCCGAGCAGGAGUUACCGGCGCCGAUUGAGGGGAAUGCGUGAUUGUUGAAGCGCGACCUCGAUGCACAAAGUACGUGCGUAUCGGCAUCCAGCAUCAACGUGGUGUUGAUGGUCAGCUUUAUUCCAUUUGUACAAAUAACUAACGCGUCCAGAUUUUAUAGAUCGUAACGGUGUUGGCUUUCUUCUGGUUUUAACGCAGAGUUUUUUAACGAGAUUUUGGGUACAGUAUAUGUUUCGCUACUUCGAAAGUAUCUUACGGUGUACUCACUAUGUAAUAUGUAAUACUUACUAAACGCCGCUAAUAAAAUGAGAAAACAAUGCUAACC